CCCCGACCCCCUCAAAACAUAAUUGUGACGGAAAAUGCAGAAGAGCAUUAGGUAUAAUGAGGGACACGCUGUAUACUUGGCCCUGAUAGCGCGCAAAGAGGGGGCGAAGCGCGGCUACCUGAGCAAGAAGACUGCCGAGAACAACAAGUGGCACGACAAGUGGUUCGCCCUUUACCAGAAUGUCCUCUUCUACUUUGAGCACGAGCAAAGCAGCAGACCCUCUGGGAUUUAUCUGAUCGAAGGCUGCACGUGUGAGCGGGUCGCCUCCCCGAAGCCCCCGACUAUGGGCAAGGAGACCCUGGAGAAACAGCAUUAUUUUACCGUAAACUUUGGCCAUGAAGGACAUAAACCCUUGGAGCUUCGGAUCGAGGAAGAGGUGGACUGUGAAACGUGGGUGGAUGCAAUUCAACAGGCCAGUUACUGUGAUAUAGUAAUUGAGCGAGAGAUACUGAUGCAGAAGUAUAUUCAUCUGGUUCAGAUAGUGGAAACGGAGAAAAUCGCAGCCUAUCAACUGCGGCAGCAACUUGAGGAUCAAGACACUGAAAUUGAAAGAUUGAAAGCUGAGAUUGUUGCUGUGAACAAGACUAAUGAACGGAUGCGGCCAUACCAAGGAAAUCCAGAGGAUGAAGACCCAGAUAUUAAAAAGAUUAAGAAGGUUCAGAGUUUCAUGAGGGGCUGGCUGUGUAGAAGGAAAUGGAAGACUAUUGUUCAGGAUUACAUCUGCUCGCCCCACGCAGAGAGCAUGAGGAAAAGGAACCAAAUAGUCUUCAACAUGGUGGAAGCAGAGUCCGAAUAUGUGCAGCAACUGUACGUCUUGGUCAACUGCUUCCUGCGUCCCCUGAGGAUGGCUGCCAGUUCAAAGAAGCCCCCUAUAAGUCAUGAUGAUGUCAGCAACAUUUUUCUCAACAGUGAGACAAUCAUGUUUCUUCAUGAGAUAUUUUACCAAGGACUAAAAGCACGGAUAGCCAACUGGCCUACCCUAGUGUUGGCUGACUUGUUUGACAUAUUGUUACCGAUGCUGAAUAUUUACCAAGAGUUUGUCAGGAACCACCAGUACAGUCUACAGGUGUUGGCAAACUGUAAGCAAAACAGGGAUUUUGACAAGCUGUUGAAACAGUAUGAAUCGAACCCAGCAUGUGAGGGGAGAAUGUUGGAGACCUUCCUGACAUAUCCCAUGUUUCAGAUUCCACGAUAUAUAAUAACAUUACACGAGCUCCUUGCACACACACCACACGAGCACGUGGAAAGAAAAAGCCUGGAAUUUGCAAAAUCUAAACUGGAAAACCUUUCAAGGGUAAUGCACGAUGAAGUGAGUGACACAGAAAACAUUCGGAAAAAUCUUGCAAUCGAACGAACAAUUGUGGAAGGAUGCGACAUUUUGCUGGAUACAAGCCAAACAUUUGUACGCCAAGGUUCCCUCAUACAGCUCCCAUCUGUGGAGAGGGGAAAGCUGGCCAAAGUUCGCCUAGGUUCCCUGUCUCUGAAGAAAGAAGGAGAAAGGCAGUGUUUCUUAUUCACAAAACAUUUCCUUAUCUGCACACGGAGUUCGGGAGGAAAAUUGCAUCUAUUGAAGGCUGGGGGCGUGCUUUCCCUGAUAGACUGCACUUUAAUAGAAGAACCCGAUGCAAGUGAAGAUGAAUCAAAAAGCUCUAGUCAGGUCUUUGGGCAUCUUGACUUCAAGAUUGUGGUGGAAUCUGUAGAUGCCACGCCAUUCACAGUUGUGCUGUUAGCUCCAUCUAGACAAGAAAAGGCUGCAUGGACCAGUGACAUAAGUCAGUGUAUAGACAACAUACGGUGCAAUGGUCUCAUGACCAAUGUGUUUGAGGAAUAUUCAAAAGUGACUGUGCCUCAUAUGAUAAGGUCAGACAUCCGACUUCACAGUGAUGAUGCUGACAUCUGCUUCAGUAAGACACUGAACUCCUGUAAAGUGCCUCAGAUCCGCUACGCUAGUGUGGAGAGGCUGCUGGAGCGAGUGACCGACCUGCGCUUCCUCAGCAUCGACUUCCUCAACACCUUUCUCCACACCUACCGAAUAUUCAGCACUGCCCUUGUGGUCCUGGAGAAACUGGCAGACAUCUACAGGAAACCUUUCACCUCCAUCCCUGUCAGAUCACUGGAACUGUUUUUUGCGUCUAAUCAAAGCAAUCGAUCUGAGCACCCAAACGAUGGCAAAUCCCCAGGACUGUCUCGGAAAUUUUCAUCGCCUCCUCCACUGUCGUUCUCUCAGACGUCCUCUCCCGUCCGAACCCGGAAGCUGUCGCUCAGCUCGCCGGUGAAUUCCCGAACGGGAGCUCUUGACCUUUCCACGUCGUCCACAUCCGGUACGACCUUUGCUCACAGCCCAACUAUUUCUCCACCUCCUGUAGCGAGCAAAGUACCACUGGAUCUGAGCAAAGGUCCCUCAUCGCCAGAGUGGCCCCUGCAAACGGAAGAAAAUUCAGAGCAUCCCCGCAUUGAUAUAUGUAGCAAGUUAAGAAGAAGCAUCAGGAGAGUUCAAUCUGGUGUGAUGGGACCUGGUUGCAGAGAGAUGGACAACACUCGAUGCUCUGUGUCUCCUGCCUCAGCGUUUGCCAUUGCCACGGCAGCAGCAGGACAUGGGAGCCCACCGCCCGAAAACACCGCCGUGCAGGAAAAGUUCCGACGCGUCUCCAUGGGAGGAUUUAACAAUUCAGAGCGCAUGUGUGACAAAGAGUUUCUAAUUCGCAGGGCCGCUACAAAUCGUGUUUUAAAUGUCCUUCGGCACUGGGUUUCCAAGCACUCUCAGGAUUUCGAGAUGAACGGUGAACUGAAGUCAAAUGUUAUAAAUUUGUUAGAGGAAGUGAUGCGUGACCAUGAGUUACUGCCCCAAGAAAGGAAAGCCACGGCCAACAUCUUAAGUGCACUCUCACAGGAUGAACUGGAUGAUGCUCAGCUACGGAUGGAAGUUUUAUUACAGAUGACAGAUGGGCCUAGGAUGGAAUCCUUUGAGACUUUGUCAGUCAUGGAAAUGGCGGAACAGUUGACGCUUCUUGAUCACAUUGUUUUCAGAAGCAUACCAUACGAGGAAUUUCUUGGGCUGGGAUGGAUGAAACUUGACAAAAAUGAACGAACGCCAUACAUCAUGAAGACCAGCCAGCACUUUAAUGAUAUGAGUAACCUUGUUGCUUCUCAAAUCAUGAUGCAUGCGGAUGUUAGUUCACGCACAAUUUCCAUUGAGAAAUGGAUAGCAGUGGGAGAUGUUUGUCGCUGUAUGCACAACUACAACGGUGUCCUUGAGAUCACUUCAGCACUGAAUAGAAGCGCAAUCUACAGACUGAAGAAAACCUGGGCAAAAGUUUCCAAACAGACCAAAGCCCAAAUGGACAAGCUUCAGAAAACUGUCUCCUCUGAAGGAAGAUUUAAAAAUCUAAGGGAAACACUGAAAAAUUGUAAUCCACCCUGUGUUCCUUACCUUGGGAUGUAUUUGACUGACCUCGCGUUUAUAGAGGAGGGUACACCCAAUUUUACUGAUGAAGGUCUUGUAAACUUUUCCAAAAUGAGAAUGAUAUCACACAUUAUUAGGGAGAUACGCCAGUUCCAACAAACCCCAUAUAGAAUAGAUCAUCAACUAAAGGUCAUUCAGUACUUACUUGACAAAACAAUUAUUAUGGAUGAAGACACAUUGUAUGAGCUCUCCUUAAAAAUUGAACCCAGGCUUCCUGCAUGAGAGGCGGCAUUUUUUUUGUGGCUGCAGAGGUGCAGCCGCUUAGUGUAACAACCCAGAGUGUACGUGCCAUGCCCCUUGGAGUGCGACUUCUCUACCCAAGGAAAAGGUGAGCUUGAGAUUUCCUAAGGAAAGGACGGAAAGUUACGGGAAGAUUGCCUGCCUAUCGCAUACUGGAAGAUGGUGAACUACUGCUUGGGAUGAAUGAUAUUCAGGAUAACUUAAUGUUCUGGGAAGAAUGCUUGAGCGGAACGGAAAAAGGGAUGAAGUUAAAAUGGAAGUUACGUAAUACUUAUUUAAAAAAUGUAUAAAAUGCGAUGGUCACACCACAUCACAGUGUGCAGAACUGAUGUUGAGCAUUGAGACAAAUGGAGCAAGGUAAAGCAAGUUAUUUUCUUCCUAGGAACCAUUGUGGCAGCCUUAUUGGUUUUGGGGCUUAUCAGAUUUCUGUGGGGCAGGGGUGUUGUGUUACCUGUCCAUCUAUGAGUCACGAAAUGUGAAAGGCUUCCAAAGUCUCCAAGCAAAAUUCAUUUCUAAUCAUCAUUUUGGAGGAAUCCAUUGUUAGUGAUACAGAGAAAAGCAAGAGUGACAGUGAGGUGGCAUUGCAGUUCUUCGAGGCUUAAAGAACCUUCGGACCAGUUGAAAAGGUUCUGAUAUCCAAGUAAAGACAGAAGAUAAUUCUAAUGACAUGAGUUUAAAACAAAAAGACCUGCUUCCCACAACAUCACAGCUUUCACUUGCCUGGGACCAUUCUUAAAAUUACAUGUAACACCAAAAUACUGACUUAAAGGUAUCACAACUUGACUGUUCAACAGCCCUCAGCUUUGUAGGUUGUAUUUUGAAAUGUUCUGUAUUAACUUUCUCAGUGAAAUGUUGGAUGUUUUUAAUAUAUACUGAUAUUUAAUCACUUCCUGUUUGAGUUGUACAAAGCUUCGUGUGGUGCUGCUUUUUUUCCUGUGUUUUCUAUGUCUAACAUCCUUUAAAUGACCCAGUGAUCUGAAAUCAACGCUCUCACUGUCAAUGAAAAGGUUGGAGUGAAUAAUCGAUUACUGACUAACAACAUUUUGAAACACUUUCCUGGAAUAAUCAUAAAUUUCAGAAUCAGAAUCAAUAUCAGAAUCAGAAUCACACUUUAUUC